AUGGCGAUUCAAGUGGUUUCAUCAUCACCAUCAUCCCAUAGCUUCACCAGCGAAGCUAAGUAUCGAUAUGAUGUUUUCCUGAGUUUCAGAGGUGAAGAUACUCGCCACAUCUUCACUGCACCUCUCUACGAUGCUUUGCACCGUAAGGGAAUCAACGCCUUCAUUGAUGACAAGAAGCUUGGGAAAGGGGAAAAGAUCUCACCUACGCUUCUUAAGGCCAUUGAGAGAUCCAGGAUUUCCAUUAUUGUGUUCUCUAAGAACUAUGCUACUUCCACUUGGUGCCUGGAGGAACUUGCUCACAUCGUUUGGUGUAAGGAGGAAAAGAACCAGCUGGUUAUGCCCAUCUUUUACAAGGUAGAUCCGAUGGAUGUUCAGUAUCAGAGAAACAGCUUUGAGGAAGCCAUGGCU